AUGCAACGAGUUGUUGGUCAAAUUGGGUUAUACUCGAAAACUGUGAUCAUAUAUAAAAGUUUGAGUUAUUAUAAAAAGUCACAUUCGAAACCGUUUAAAUUCUUGGAAAUUGAAUCAUAUAAAAUUAUUGCAUCUGAAAUUUAUAGAGUUUUCCAUACUCAGUUGGGUGAUUUUGAAAGAAUGAUUGUAGAGUUUAGUAGAAAUUUGGAAAUUGAAUUAAAUAGAAUGAUGAUUAACCCUGCGAAUUACGAAAUUCCAGCUUUUCAAUUGGAUGAUUUAGAAAAAUUGCUUAUGAAUUUGAAUAAAG